CGAAGAUGAGAGCAGCCAGGUUGCACACGCAAUGCAGGAAACCAGCUCCUGCAGCUCCCCCUGAGGGCUUCAGAAUCCAGGAGGAUGAGGAGGGCUGGGUGGAAUUCCAGGGUGGAAUUCCAGGGUUCGUCCAAUGCACCUGCGCAGCCACAGGUGUUUGUGCCCUUGGCUGAAGUAGCAGCUCCCAGUUUUCCCUGAUUGCCAGCAUAUAAAGGGAGCUGGGAGGGAGCUGGGGGGUUUGGCUGAGUCACUGAGGGCUGCUCAGGCUGCAGCAAAGGUGAGGCAGGUACAAAGCAUCCUCCUGGGCUGAGGAUGUUAAAUCCUCCCCAAGCAGCCCUGAUCCUGCUCAGGCUCACGAAGCCAUUUUAAGCAGGGGUUUAUCUGUGCUGAGCCCACGCCAGUGUGUGGCUCGUCACAGCUUUGGUGCCCCAAGGCCACCUUGGACCCGGAGCAGAAGCCUCCUUCUCACCGCAAAGCAUAAAGGGGGGGUUCCACUGGUUCCUGCCAAGGUUUCCUUCCUGCUUGGAGCCAGGAUGCUGCCCAGGCCAAAAGGGAGCCGUGGGGAAGGUCUGAGCCCCAGGAGGGUGUGAACGGUCCCGAGUAUCCCUGAAUCCCACGGGAAGAGGCUCCUGGCGCCAGGCAGGGCUCGGGGCCAAGCUGGGCUCGCUCUCCCCGGCUGGGCCGGAUGACAGAUGCCUGCAGUGGAGGAGAACAUGCUUCCAGCCUGGAUGCAUCUGACCCAGAGCUGCACUAUGAGGAGGAAGAGGAGGAAGAGGAGAAGUCAGAGCCCUCGGACACCAGCAGCAUCUUCUCCGAUGACUCCGUCUAUCCCUGCUAUGAGCUCCCGCUGGAGGCCGGCAGUGCCAGGGACCUCAGCCUCUACCAGUGCUGUGCCAGGAAUGAUGCCAGGCUGGUGCGGGAGAGGCUGGAGCAGGGGGUGACCCGGAGCGAGGCCACGGAGGUGGACAUCAACGGGAGGAACGGGCUGAUGGUCUCCUGCUACAAGGGCUUUGUGGACAUUGUGCCCUUGCUGCAGCAGUGCCCCUACAUAGACAUCAACCAGCAGGACAAGGAUGGGAACACGGCGCUCAUGAUGGCUGCGCAGGCAGGACACAUCACCAUCGUCAACUACCUCCUCAACUACUACCCAGGGCUUGAGGUGGACAAGAGGGACCCACGGGGCCUGACGGCGCUGAUGAAGGCAGCGGUGCAGGGGCAGCAGGACUGCGUGACCGCGCUGCUCCUGGCUGGAGCUGACCUGCAAGCGGUGGACCCCAUCAAAGGGAAGACAGCCAGGGAAUGGGCAGCCUUCACCGGCCGCUUCGAGACCACCGUGCGCAUCCGGAGCCUCCUGCGGCGCCCACGGGCAGAGCAGUUCAGCACCAUGUACCAGCCCCAGUGGCCAGCGCUGGCCGAGCUGGUGGCCAAGGCCCUGAGCCCCAAAUCCAGGAGCAAGCGGCUGUUUGAGAAGAUCGGAUCCAUGUUCUCCAUCAGCUUCCCACGCAACCCCGAGGAGGACGGCGUCCUGGACCACAUGGUGAGGAUGACGACCUCCCUGGCCAGCCCCUUCGUGGCCACUGCUUGCCAAACCGUCUGCCCCAACAGCCCGCCUGAGGUGGGCAAGAGCAGGUUGUCCGUGCCGGAAAUCCUUGGGAAGCACGUGCUGGAUGCGGAUACGGAGCCAGAGCCCACCUCGGGCUGCAGCACCGGCGCAUCCUCCUGCAACGGCCAAGCCCCACUGGAGAUUCGGCUCUCCCCUCCGCGCCGCCCAGCCAGGACCCUCCUGAGCUUCCUGCCGCUGUGGCUGCGGCGCGGGAAUAGCAUCUUCCCAGGGGAGCCGAUCCCGAGGAUCCGAGUGAGCAAAGACCCCUGUCCCCCCGCCCGCACCAGGCAGCGGAGCCCGCGCGGGAGGGACAAGAACCUGCUGCAGCCUCCCAAGUGGAGGUACAAGGAGCUGAAGGAGAGAAAAGCAGCCGAGGAGGCAAAGAAGAAGGAGAAGAAGGAGAAAGGGGGGAAGAGAUGCUAAAGCAGGAGGUUUCCUUCUUUCCUCCUCUUCUUCUUGUCCUUUUUCCUUCUUUCUUCCUGUUUCCCCUUUGAUCUUCCUGAGCCCUGGAUGCUGCCGCGUGUGUGGAGCAUGGUCCUGAAAUGGAAGCGGUUGCCAUGUUAACAGGAUUGAUUUGCUGAAUAAAGCUCAGGGAUGCUUGUCAGGCUGGCAGGAAGCUCCCCCA